AACUCGAGCCACCACUUCCAACUUUGAAGAGCUCUUAAUUUUCCAUUUUCGAGCCCCCCUCUCUCUCUCUCUCUCUCUGCCUCUGCGACCACCCUCAUCACCCAGAUCGAUAUGGCUGAAACAGUAGUAGCUGGAAUUCCUACUUCUGAUUUCAAAAUUACCAGCACUCUUCACCACUCCCAUGAUGAGUCUCUCAUAAAACCUGAUCAUGAUGAAACCCCCACCGUUGAUUACUCUUUGCUCUAUUCUAAUGAUCUUGAUCAACGGGCUAAGACUCUGCAACACCUUGCCAAAGCCUGCGAAGAUUAUGGCUUCUUUUAUCUGAUAAAUGGAGUGCCGGAGGACGUGGUAACGGGAGCAUUGAAGGCGGUAUCUGAUUUUUUUGAUCAGACAACAUUGGAUGAGAGGGGUGAAUACAAGAAAAAGAACCCAACGGAUAGGUUCAGCUGGGUUUCCAACUACAACACUGAGGAAAACAGAGAGUGCCUAAAGGUAGUUUCACAUCCUCAGUAUCACUGCCCAAGUAAACCAGCCCACCUCAGAGAGAUCCUAGGAGAAUACUUGAAAAGGUCCCAUGAGGUGGAACUAGGGUUAGCUAGGGCUUUAUCAAAGAUCCUUGGCAUGGAAGAAACCUUCAUUGAGAAGGCGUUUAAACUGCAAGCAGGAUUUGAUGUGACUGCAAUGAACUUUUAUCCUCCAUCUUCCCAGUCCAAAGGUCCCAUCGGUUUACCUGAUCAUACUGACCCUGGAUUAUUUGUUUCACUAAUAAAAGAUGUCAAUGGUGGCCUUCAAAUCCUGUCCCAAAAAGGAGAGUGGAUCAGUGUGAAAAUUCCCCCAAAUGCCAUUUUUAUUAAUUUCGGUGAUCAAAUUGAGAUCUUAACCAAUGGACGGUACAAGAGCAAUGUUCACCAUGUGGUCCUGGAAAACAACAAGGUUAGAAGAAUCUCGAUGGCAACACUCCAUAGACCAGCACUUGAAGCAGCUAUCGCGCCGGAAACAGCGUUUGUGAACCAGUCUCACCCGCCAGCCUACCCCAGGAUGACCUACAAGGAAUACUUGGAGUUCAAUGGUUUUGAUGAGAUUGACGUGCAAUCAAGCAUUACACAGCUUCGAUUGUAUUGAAUUAAUCAUAUAUCCAUUGCUAUUAUAUAUAUAAUAUCUUUUUAUAUAUAAGUUUUAUAUAAAAUUUUAGACAUUCA